AUCUAGAACUCUUGAAGAAGUCACAGAAUGUAUUCAUGUGGAAAAAAGUUGUAAGGCCAACAGUCAUCUGACAGGCUGAUUUCCAGUGUAACAGCUCACUAUAUUCUGGGAAUUUAAAGAACCCAGGUCUCCUGAAUACUCCUCUGCAAAGGUGCAGGUUGUGGCAGCAGCAGGUACAUUAAUGAAAUCUACUACUUCAAGAGGCAAACCUGAGCACCUUUGGAUGUACCAUAAGAACAAGAAAUGUGGAAUGCUUGAAUAAUUGAGAACAAGACAUAAAGGGACCUAAGAAAUGGAGAACAGAUAUCCAUUCAGAAGUUAUUUCUGCCUCCCGUGUUCUUUCUCCUGAUCUCAUACUUGCCUGGGAGGACUUUAGAGCUGGAAGAAUCAGCCUUGAAAAAACGGUGAAAUUACUUGAAAAGCUAAAUAUCCGGUGUGAUGGUAAUCAUGUCAAAAAUGUAUUUAAGUAGGAAAAUGACAAACAGAAGAAUGGAAAAAUAACCAUAGAAGAUUUUAGAGCAAUUUAUCGGAGUUUUGCUUACAGAGAAGAUAUUGUUGAGAUUUUCAAUGUUUAUUCUCGAAAUCACAAAAUUCUGUCUGAACAAAAUCUGAUGGAAUUUCUUAAAAAAGAACAAUAUGUGCUUGAGAUAGAUAAAGUCAUUGCCAAUGAAAUAAUUCAAAAAUAUGAACCCAUUGAAGAAGUGAAAAAUCAACACCAGAUGACAAUUGAAGGAUUUUUAAGAUACAUGAACUCAAAUGAUUGCUUACUAUUUAAAAAGAAUUGUACCCAAGUUUAUCAUGAUAUGACUCGUCCUUUAAGUGAUUACUUUAUUUCAUCUUCUCAUAACACCUACCUGAUUUCUGGGCAAUUAAUAGGGCCAAGUGACCUUUGGGGCUAUGCAAGUGCCCUUGUGAAAGGAUGUCGUUGUAUAGAAAUUGACUGCUGGGAUGGAUCACAAAAUGAACCUGUUGUAUAUCAUGGGUAUACACUAACAAGCAAGAUUCUGUUUAAAACUGUCAUCCAGGUGAUCAACAAGUAUGCAUUUAUGGCAUCUGAAUACCCAGUAGUACUCUCUUUAGAAAAUCACUGCUCCCCCCAGCAACAAGAAAUAAUGGCAAAUAAUAUGCAAAGUAUUCUUGGGGAUACACUGCUUUCUGAUGUACUUGAAAAUUUUCCAAAUGAAUUACCUUCACCUGAGGCAUUGAAAUUCAAAAUACUAGUAAAAAAUAAGAAAAUUGGAACAAUAGAGGAGACAAUUGAAAGAAUAGGCACUAACAAACAAGGCCGGAUAGUAGAAUAUGAAGAAGAGGAAGAUGAGGAAGAGUCUGAAGAAAAAGACAAUGUUACUACACCUAUGCUUAAAGAGAACAAAGAAAAAGAACUAGAAGAAAAAAAAUCUAUAAUAAGCAAUUUCAUUUCUUAUUCUAAGAAAAAAAAGAUUAGGAAGGUGAAAUUAUCCUUGGAGCUGUCAGAUCUUGUCAUUUACACCAAAGCUGAGAAAUUCAAGAGCUUUCAUCAUGCCCAAAUUAAUCAGAAAUUCAAUGAGAAUAAUUCUAUUGGGGAGUUGCGUGCAAGAAAACUUUCCAAACAGAAAGCUCGUGAAUUUAUCUCACAUACUAACAGUUUCAUUACGAGAAUAUAUCCAAAGGCAACCAGAACGGAUUCUUCUAAUUACAUUCCUCAAGAAUUUUGGAAUGUAGGAUGUCAGAUGGUGGCCUUAAAUUUCCAAACCCCUGGAGUGCCUAUGGAUCUGUACAAUGGAAAAUUUCUAGAUAAUGGUGGCUGUGGAUAUCUUUUAAAACCAGAAAUCCUAAGAAAUCCAAAAUUAAACUUCUCUCCAAGUGAAUUUAAACAUUAUAAUCCAACUAUACUUUCAAUAAGGCUCAUAAGUGGUUUCCAGUUGCCAUCUACUUAUUGGAAUAAUUCACUAGUGUUGAUAGAAAUAUAUGGCAUUCCAGAUGACCAAACAAAGCAACAGACUCACGUAAUUAGAAGAAAUGCUUUUGAUCCACGAUGGAAUGAAACAUUCACAUUUACUAUCCAUGCCCCAGAAAUGGCACUCAUACGCUUUGUUGCUGAAAGUCAGUCUACAAUAGGUGCAAAUGAAUUCCUUGGACAGUACACGUUACCACUGCUAUGCAUGGAAAAAGACAAAUUUUUAUUGUCAGCUAUGAUGUCUUUUCACUACUUCUCAUUGCCUUUCAAGAAAGCCUCCCAAGAAAGUCUCACUAUUCCACUCUGUACAUACUGCUUCACUGUUGGAGCUUAAUUUUGAAGAAAAUAAGGAUCUAAGAACAAGAACAAAGAGAAUAGAAAGAUGCUUGGAACUGAGGAAGGACCUGUGAUCAAGAGACUAGAAGAUGUUGGAUAGUUCCCAAUCAUGGGACCUUGGAACACAAGGAACAGCCAGC